AUGGCGGCCUUUGUCGCUCUCGCCCUGCAGCUCCUUCCGAAAGCUCAAGUAGAGGAGACGGUUGGGGGUUUCCAAGGGUUCUGUUUGGAAAAAGCCAAGAAUGAAAACGCCAAAGGAAACUUCAGGGAUGGAGAUGGACCACAGAGGCAGGAGGAAAGCCACACAGCCAAGAGGAGGGAUAAGCCUAUUCUGUCCGAAGGAGGAGGCUUCCGGGAGAAACCUAUUGACAGCCCAGAGCAUAAAAAGAGAUUCAGUCACAGUGGCAGUCUUAAGACACAUCAACGAAUCCGAACAGGGGAGAAAACCUUUGAAUGCUCAGAAUGUGAAAAGAGAUUCACUAACAGUAGCAGUCUUAAAAAACAUCAAAGAAUCCACACAGGGGAAAAACCUUUUGAAUGCUCAGUGUGUGGAAAGAGAUUCAAUGGCAAUAGGAAUCUUCAAAGACAUCAAAGAAUCCACACAGGGGAGAAACCUUUUGAAUGCUCAGAGUGUGGAAAGAGAUUCAAGAGCAAUAGGAAUCUUCAAAGACAUCAAAGAAUCCACACAGGGGAGAAACCUUUUGAAUGCUCAGAGUGUGGAAAGAGAUUCAGUGAAAGUAGCAGUCUUCAAACACAUCAAAGAAUCCACACAGGGGAGAAACCUUUUGAAUGCUCAGAAUGUGGAAAGAGAUUCAGUGACAAUAGCAAUCUUCAAAUACACCAAAGAAUCCACACAGGGGAGAAACCUUUUGAAUGCUCAGAGUGUGGAAAGAGAUUCAGUCAAAGUGGCAGUCUUCAAAGACAUCAAAGUAUCCACACAGGGGAGAAACCUUUUGAAUGCUCAGACUGUGGAAAGAGAUUCAGUCAAAGUAGCAGUCUUCAAACUCAUCAAAGAAUCCACACAGGGGAGAAACCUUUUGAAUGCUCAGAGUGUGGAAAGAGAUUCAAUGUCAGUAGCAGUCUUCAAACCCAUCAAAGAAUCCACACAGGGGAGAAACCUUUUGAAUGCUCAGAGUGUGGAAAGAGAUUCAAUGACAGUAGCAGACUUCAGAAACAUCAAAGACUCCACACAGGGAAGAAACCUUUUGAAUGCUCAGAGUGUGGAAAGAGAUUCAAUGUCAGUGGCAGUCUUCAAAAACAUCAAAGAAUCCACACAGGGGAGAAACCUUUUGAAUGCUCAGAGUGUGGAAAGAGAUUCAAUGACAGUGGCAGUCUUCAAACACAUCAAAGAAUCCACACAGGAGAGAAACCUUUUGAAUGCUCAGAGUGUGGAAAGAAAUUCAAUGUCAGUAGGAAUCUUCAAAGACAUCAAAGAAUCCACACAAGGGAGAAACCUUUUGAAUGCUCAGAGUGUGGAAAGAGAUUCAGUGUCAGUAGCAGUCUUCAAAAACAUCAAAGAAUCCACACAGGGGAGAUCCCUUUUGAAUGCUCAGAGUGUGGAAAGAGAUUCAAUGACAGUGGCAGUCUUCAAGCACAUCAAAGAAUCCACACAGGGGAGAAACCUUUUGAAUGCUCAGAGUGUGGAAAGAGAUUCAAUGUCAGUAGCAGUCUUAAAACACAUCAAAGAAUCCACACAGGGGAGAAACCUUUUGAAUGCUCAGAGUGUGGAAAGAAAUUCAAUGUCAGUAGCAGUCUUCAAAAACAUCAAAGAAUCCACACAGGGGAGAAACCUUUUGAAUGCUCAGAGUGUGGAAAGAGAUUCAGUCAAAGUGGCAGUCUUCAGACACAUCAAAGAAUCCACACAGGGGAGAAACUUUUUGAAUGCUCAGAGUGUGGAAAGAGAUUCAAUGGCAAUAGGAAUCUUCAAAGACAUCAAAUAAUCCACACAGGGGAAAAACCUUUUGAAUGCUCAGAGUGUGGAAAGAGAUUCAAUGUCAGUAGCAAUCUUCAAACACAUCAAAGAAUCCACACAGGGGAGAAACCUUUUGAAUGCUCAGAGUGUGGAAAGAGAUUCAAUGACAGUAGGAAUCUUCAAAGACAUCAAAGAAUCCACACAGGGGAGAAACCUUUUGAAUGCUCAGUGUGUGGAAAGAGAUUCAAUGUCAGGACGAAUCUUCAAACACAUCAAAGAAUCCACACAGGGGAGAAACCUUUUGAAUGCUCAGAGUGUGGAAAGAGAUUCAGUGAAAGUGGCCAUCUUCAAACACAUCAAAUAAUCCACACAGGGGAGAAACCUUUUGAAUGCUCAGUGUGUGGAAAGAGAUUCAAUGUCAGGACGAAUCUUCAAACACAUCAAAGAACCCACACAGGGGAGAAACCUUUUGAAUGCUCAGAGUGUGGAAAGAGAUUCAGUAAAAGUGGCCAUCUUCAAACACAUCAAAGAACCCACACAGGAGAAACUUUUUGA